UGUAAAUUGUAAUUUUGUGAAUGUGAAAGAUAUGACCAAAUUUUCAGUUCCGCAACUACUGCAAAAGUUCUCCUUCAAAUCUGCUUUGGGGUGGCACUCCAUUAAUGUAGAGGCACGUGUUUCAGCUUUGGGAACGACCUUCGUCUCAGGGAAAAGCACAUGUUUAACGGUAACCCUACAAAUUGGGUUUCUUGUUAGUAAGAAGCAAAAACGUGGCACCCGAUCAUCAUCUCAUUACUUGGGCUUUUCUCACACACUUCUCACUUCCAAUCCAUGUACUUAUAAUCCCAGGAUUUCAUGUGUUAGCCAUAUUUUCACCAUAGUGAGUGUAAGAAUAGAAGGAAAAAGAGAGCAAGAACAGUGUCUACUUUUGUGUGUGUAUCGGAUGACAACGGUGAGAAAGAGGAGGCACCAGCAAGCACUGACAGUUUCUUUACCAUCACCUCCGAUUCCGGCAGCUGACUUCAGGCACGGUAACCAGCAUCCAGCAUCAUUGCCGGCCACCAGUCCAGACUCUCCUGACAUUGAAAAUCUCUCUGACCUUGAAAAACUAUCCAUUCUCGGCCAUGGCAGUGGUGGCACCGUCUACAAAGUGAGCCACCGCCAGACCUCCUCUGUCUUUGCAUUGAAAGUUCUUCGUUUCCAUGGGAACACCUCUGCCGUCCCCCACCAUGAGGAAGAGAUUCUAAAGCGGGUAAAUUCACCCUUCGUUGUCCAAUGCCAUGCAGUUCUUUACAAAGAUGAUGAUCUUUGCUUUGUGAUGGAACAUAUGGAGAUGGGAUCACUGCAUGAUGUCCUGAUCGCCAACAGAGUAUUGCCGGAGGUUGUUGCCGCUGGCGUGGCACGGUGCGUGCUGCAUGGGUUGCAGUAUCUCCAUGGAAUGCAGAUAGUGCAUGGAGACAUAAAACCCUCAAACCUUCUAGUAAAUGCAAAAGGGGAUGUGAAGAUUGCUGAUUUUGGGGUGAGCAAGGUGGUGGGAGGCUCUGGCAUUCAUGAUGUGAGCGAUAUAUGCAUGGGAACAUGCGCUUACAUGAGCCCGGAAAGGUUUGAUCCGGAGAGAUGGGGAGGAGAAGGGGGAGAUGGUUUUGCAGGAGAUGUUUGGUCACUAGGGGUGGUGGUUCUGGAGUGCCUUGUGGGACAUUAUCCGCUGAUUGGUACUGAAGAGACACCAGACUGGGCAGCACUGAUGUUUGCCAUAUGCUUCAAAGAGAGGCCAGAGAUGCCAGAUUCGGCAUCUUUGGAGUUCUGUGAUUUUGUGGGAAGGUGUCUAGAGAAGGACUGGAAGAGGAGAGGAACAGUGGAGGAGCUUCUUGGUCACCCUUUUGUGAAUUCAGAGAUUUUGUAGUUCUUCUGAAUUGGAUUUCAUAUUCAGCUCAAAUUUGAAACUCCAUAUCAUAGCUUCUGCAAACUCUUAUUUUCAGAAGAUAUAGAGGAUUCAAAUAUUCAAUAAACAGAAAUUAACAUAGCAAUGUAAUUUCCCUCCGGCCAAGCACAUGAACAACCCAGAAAUGAGCGACUCCCAGAAUAAACUUCCAUUGAAGAGAGAGAGAGGAGCUACCACGGCACAACCAAUUUUCUUGAUAAAAGCAACAGCUUACAAA